GUCAGGGGAACGAGGGGCGUCGUAAAAGGUCGCGGUGGAGCUCCCCUAAGGUAUAGAGACCUGGCCCUUUACGGUGCCAGCCACGGCAGAGCUGGGAGAUGUCGGCUGCGGGCCGGAUUGAUCCCUUGGAUCCUCCCAGCAGCUUUGCGAAGCGGGUCCUGGUGACCGGGGGUGCUGGUUUCAUUGCAUCACAUGUGAUUGUCUCUUUAGUAAAAGAUUAUCCAAACUAUAUGAUCAUAAAUCUAGACAAGCUGGAUUACUGUGCAAGCUUGAAGAAUCUUGAAACCAUUUCUAACAAACAAAACUACAAAUUUAUACAGGGUGACAUAUGUGAUUCUCACUUUGUGAAACUGCUUUUUGAAACAGAGAAAAUAGAUAUAGUGCUACAUUUUGCUGCACAAACACAUGUAGAUCUUUCAUUUGUACGUGCCUUUGAGUUUACAUAUGUUAAUGUGUAUGGCACUCACGUUUUGGUAAGUGCUGCUCAUGAAGCCAGAGUGGAAAAAUUUAUUUAUGUCAGCACAGAUGAAGUAUAUGGAGGCAGUCUUGAUAAGGAAUUUGAUGAAUCUUCACCCAAACAACCAACAAAUCCUUACGCGUCAUCUAAGGCAGCGGCUGAGUGUUUUGUACAGUCUUACUGGGAACGAUACAAAUUUCCAGUUGUCAUCACAAGAAGCAGUAAUGUUUAUGGACCACAUCAAUAUCCAGAAAAGGUUAUUCCAAAAUUUAUAUCUUUACUACAACACAACAGGAAAUGCUGCAUUCAUGGAUCAGGGCUUCAAACAAGAAAUUUUCUUUAUGCUACUGAUGUAGUAGAAGCAUUUCUCACUGUCCUCAAAAAGGGGGAACCAGGUGAAAUUUAUAACAUUGGAACCAAUUUUGAAAUGUCAGUUCUCCAGCUUGCCAAAGAACUGAUACAACUGAUCAAAGAGACCAAUUCAGAGUCUGAAAUGGAAAAUUGGGUUGAUUAUGUUAAUGAUAGACCCACCAAUGACAUGAGAUAUCCAAUGAAGUCAGAAAAAAUACAUGGCUUAGGAUGGAGACCUAAAGUCCCUUGGAAAGAAGGAAUAAAGAAAACAAUUGAGUGGUACAAAGAGAACUUUCACAACUGGAAGAAUGCGGAAAAGGCACUAGAACCCUUUCCAGUACGGCCACCGUUUGUGUAGUCAGGACAGUUUCUGGAAAAAGAAGAAAAUUAACCUACCUCGACAAGUGAUAUGAAAUCAAGUGACCAAAUGAAGUCUUUCUUUCGGAAUUAGAAUCCUGACUUUUUGUCUAAAAUUCAAAUGCAAAAUGCCUCAGUCUUUAGAAGAGUUUCAGUAUUGACAUCGGAUUUAAAUGUCAAGAUUCUUUCAGAAAACUUUUCUGGAUUAGGAACCAGUAGGCAUAGAAAGACUCCGCCAUGGCAGGAGGCGGGAAGGAGGAACCUCCUGGUUCUGAGCACAAGGACAGAGUUAGCUCUGGGCCCAUGGCAGCUUUGUUGGCACAGAACUCAGCUUCCCAACCUUUCCCACUGCCUAGAAAGUCGGAUGGGACGUUUUCAUUUAUAGACGGCAUAGGAUGAGACUUAUGCCCUAAUUCAUCUUUUUUUUUAAAGGUAUAAUAUU